AUGGCUUCUCCAGAGCAGAUUAACCACCGUGCCGUUGUAGCUUCGGCAGCGACUUGGCCGUUUGCAGGUAUCAGUACUGUGUUAUUCUUCAUGCGCCUGUUUGCCCGAUGGCGUUUACCGAAGCAGGCGCGAAACUGGGAAGAUUUUGUCCUGACGCUGGCAUGGCUGUUUGCGAUCGUGCAGGCAGCUAUCUUCCAAAAGGCCCUUGACAGCGCACGGGAACUAGAUCCAAAGGAUCUGCCUGGGACGGUACCUCCUGCUGCCUUUUGGGCGAUUAUGAUGAACAACUGGUCAUUCCUGAGCAUCGAAAUCCCCAAGGUCGCUGUGGCAAUCCUGAUCACCCACUUGUUCCGGCCGUCGCUCUGGAUUCGUGUGGUUAUCUGGGGUCUCUGCGUGACGAUCAAUGUGCUGGCAAUCGUCGGGUUCGUCAUCACCUUCGUUAUGUGCGACCCCGUGCCUGGACAGUGGGACCCUUUUCAGUAUCCCGAGACAAAAUGCUGGCAUCGGUCAGUGCAGAUUAUGUAUGCCUGCGUGCUCUGCGGUAUUUCUUCGUUCAUCAACAUCGCCUUCGCCAUUUAUCCCGCCGUGGUGGUGUGGCAGUUACAGAUGCCGCAGUGGAAAAAGAUCAGUACCGUGGGCCUGAUGGGUCUCGGAUUGGUGGCAUUCGUUUUCUCCGUUAUCAAGCUCUACUACAUGACAUUCCUGCUGGAUGACCCGCCUCCACUUGACCUCGUCUACCUCUGCGCGCAACUCGGUAUUUGGAAUCGAAUCGAAAAUGACUUUGUCUUGAUGGCCGGCCUCCUUCCCUUCGUACCACCGUUCGUCAAAGCAUGCUCGCAGUUCAUGAAAACACAUGCUUCCUCAAUCAGCAACCGUUUCAACAGCACCAACCAGCUGUCAUCCCUCAAAUCCUACAAGCAGGGCCAAGGCGACUAUCAGGACAUUGAGUUGGUUGCCAAGGAGAAUAAACGAGACAUGGGGGAGACGGCGUCGGAAACGAGCCUGGGUAAGAACUACCGAUACAGCGUAACAAAGCCGUCGAGUGUUUGCUAG